GCCGGAUCCCGGAAGCGGAUCGGUUGUUUGCUAGCUAGUGCAAACUUGCUAUGUCUUCCAUUAACACUUAGUUGUUUCAGGCCAUCAUUUUUCACGUCGUAUUAUUAAUAUGGGACCGUUGUCAAACGUGACGUUGCAAAGGAACAAAAAGAAAAGAGCUGGGAACACACCAAGACUUCAGAUUUGACUUCAAGCGGGUGUAGUUUUGGCAUCAUGUUGGUGACAGCCUAUCUUGCCGUAAUUUCCCUGCUUGCCCUGUGUGUUGGCCUGGAGCUCACAGCACGCCGCCUCACCCCACCUCAGUCCACUCCCACAGCUGUAGCCAACCCUGCUUUCCGUCGCUUCCAGAACAUAUUCCUCCGGGCAUACCUGUUGGCUUUGUGGGCAGACUGGCUCCAGGGUCCUUACCUCUACAAACUUUACAGACACUACAGUUUCCUGGAAUCCCAAAUAGCCAUCUUAUAUGUGUGUGGACUGGCUUCCUGUGUUCUGUUUGCUCCUUUUUCAGGCUGGCUCCCGCAAGCAUUAGGCCGCAGACAGACAUGUCUUCUCUUCUGCCUGUCUUACUCUGCUUGUUGUCUCACCAAGCUUUCCAGAGACUAUUUUGUUUUGAUUGUGGGACGGAUCCUGGGGGGUCUGUCCACAUCGCUGCUUGCCACCACGUUUGAAUCCUGGUACGUGCACCGACAUGUAGAUGUCCACGAUUUUCCCAAGGACUGGAUCCCCAGCACCUUCACCAAAGCUGCUACCUGGAACCAUGGCCUUGCUGUGGGAGCAGGGCUGAUGGCUAACCUACUGGCUGAGUGGCUUCACCUGGGGCCAGUGGCUCCUUUUCUCCUGGCUGUCCCCUGCCUGGGCUGCUGUGGCUGGGUGGUGCUAACAGACUGGGGCAAGGAGGAGGCCGAAGACGGUCCAGAAAGGGACAAACAGACUCUGCGCCUUGGUACUCCAAAUGGAGGUGUGGCCCCUUUAUCUGCAAAAGUUAGAUUCUCACGCAGCUGCCAUGAAGGGCUACGCUGCCUGUUAUCCGACAAGAGAGUAAUGCUGUUGGGUGGAGUUCAGGCCCUGUUUGAAAGUGUUCUUUACAUUUUUGUUUUCCUGUGGACUCCAGUACUCGACCCUCAUGGACCUCCUUUAGGAAUAAUCUUCUCUUGCCUGAUGGCUGCCAGCAUGGUUGGCUCCUUGCUGUACCGCCUAGCCACUUCCACUCGCUACCAUCUACAACCCGGCCAUGUGCUCUGCGUUGCUGUACUGAUGGCCUUCUUCUCUUUUUUCAUGCUAACCUUUUCCACUGCCCCAGGACAGCCGAGACCUCACGAGUCCUUCCUGGCCUUCCUGCUGCUGGAACUGGCCAGUGGUCUCUACUUCCCUGCAGUCAGCUUUCUGCAGGGCAGGGUGAUCCCAGAGGAGAAGCGAGCUGGUGUGCUGGCCUGGUUCCGGUUGCCUCUGCACCUGCUGGCCUGCCUAGGGCUGCUGGCGCUCCACGGGGAGGUAUCAGGAACAGGUGGAGGGGAGGGUGGCAGCGGCACCAGACACAUGUUUGGAGGCUGUGCCUUAAUGAUGCUGGCAGCUCUGAUGGCUGUCGUCAGUCUUUUCACCCUUGGCAGAAACGACACAGACCUGAAACUGGAGGGAAGCAGAGGAGAGGGGGAAAUGUACUGAGGAGAUGGGCCACAUAUGAGUUUCUGCUCGUCUGUUUUAAAUUGUAUUAUCUCAGUUUUGUCUGACUGAAGAUAGGAACCUUGUGUUUGACUGCGGGGGUCUACAUUUUGCCAAAUGUAUCAGUAAGGAAAAUCAACAAGGUGUUUUGGGAGAUUAAAAUUACACAGAUUUUUUUUUUUUAAAUGUUCGCCAUGUUACUUAUUUGUUUUUUUUUUUCAGCAAAAGACAUUUCUAAGUCAUGUCUGUACUGCCAUGGUCAUACCUUAAUUUGUAAUUGCUGGAAACUUGGUCAGCUGUGUCCAGACAUCCUGUAUCAUUCCAACAAUUAUUGCAGAUUACAUGUUAUUGCCUCAAUGUGUCUACCUAAAGGGAGAUGCCAUGUUAUGGUCAAUCAAAUUUAUUAAUAGAACACUUUACAACAACAUAAAAGACCAAAGUGCUUUCCAUCAGCAUGACAAAACAAAACAAUACAAUUUGGUUGACAGGAUAUAAUUAUUUUCAUACUUCUUACAAGAAUCACGAAUGUUGAAGCUCUGUCAAAUGUUUAAAACAGACUCAAAUGGACUUGAGUUUACAUUUACAUGAAUCCAUAUCCAAAGAAUUAAGGUCAUGGCAUGUAGACCAGAAUCUGAAUGUCACCUCUUAAAGGCUACUUUGAUUAUUGUAUGUAAGCUGUGUACGUUAACCAGGGUCUGUGUGUUUUAUUGAAAAGGGCAAUCUGCAGUAGGUCAGGUUUACUUGGAAUGCUUUUUUCUGCUUCAUGUACAAGAUACUUUGUCUGUAUUUUCUUAUCAUGUCUCUGUUCUUAACACUUUCAAAUAAAAGUGCGCAUAUUGUC